AGCAAACAAAAGAUCUGUCAAACAAAGACGUUUUUUAUCCGCACCGCAAACUGUUUACGGCUUUGUUAUCUGGAAACGUGUGUGAAAUUCAGUGAAUUUUUAAACUUAUUACUCUAUGGGAAAAUUGGAAAAAUAGCAUUAUUCUUGUUAGGGCAAGUGCGAAGGAUACCCACCUCAAUUCCCUCCUAAAUCGGAACCGUUAUGACCAGCUAGUAGUGUUAAAAGUGACUUGAAAGUAAUUCACUUGGGAGCCGAUUUGAAUCCGGGGGCUCGGGAGCAAUGGAAAACCUCAACUUUCCCCCGGUGGAAUUCAGCCGACCGGAUUACAGUGAGCCGACGACGACCAUCUUCCAGGAGUUUGCGAUUGUGGUGCGUAAUUUUCACCACUUCGAGCAGAUUCCAACGGCUCGGUGGCUUUCGUUGCUGCAGGAAAAGGCCCUCAUUCGCCGGAAGCAGAACCGAAGAGAGGCGGACAGGUUGCACAACUUGACGGCACAGCUGGCCGCAAAUGACGAGCUGGACAAGGCAAUGAACCACAUCACGCAGGCCUUGUACCGAUGUCCGGCGGAUGACACCCUGGCCAAGGCCAUUCUCUGCCAGAAGGGGGAACUGUUGAGGCGGAAGGAGCGAAUGCAGGACGCGAUCCGGCAUCUGGAGAUCUGUCUGAGAAUCGAAGGGGAACGGUUCUCGUAUGGGACGUAUCUGUGUUUAUUGAGGUGCUACAAGGCGACGGGAAAUGGUCGGAAGGUGCGCCAGAUUAUGGAGCGGUGUUCGGAGUUUGUGGACCGGUGGAAGGACGAAUUUCGGCGGUAUGAUUCGCAGCUGAAGAGUGAACCCGAUAGGCACAUGGAGGACAUGAAAAGGGAGUUUGAUCUUCACGCCAACUGCAUUCCACAGGAGUCAUACAACGAUAAAGCUGCCCAAAACGAACCUGUCGUGCAGGACGAAUACUUCGAGGAGAUUGACUUCGAACCGUUCAUGGGGUUCACUACGGAUAAGGAAAUUUACGGUGCCUCCAUGGCGUGCAGUUUGGAUUUCGAGGACUCCUCACCCAAACUGGUCGCCAACACGUUCAUACCGGAAGGGUCGAUCGUGCUAAUAGAACGACCCUUGGCUUCCCACCUGGAGUUUUCCAAGGUGCAAUGCUACACCUGCCAUGUCGUCCAACCACACCUGAUUCCCUGCUUCCACUGCCAAGCAGUGUUCUACUGUUCCUAUCAGUGCCAACGGCGAGAUGUCGGCUACCAUCGGUUCGAAUGCCGCGGCUAUCAGCUGCUGUUCUUUCCUCUAGUCAAUGGCAUCCUGGAGAUCCGGAUGCUCAUCCGCACCCUCAAUACUUUGAAACGAAUACUGGCUGUGAAGUCGUCCGCGAGUUAUAAAGGCCCAAGGUCAGCGGACGAACUGUUCAAGGUUCUGCUGGAAGGUCGGGAGGCGUUCGCGGAUCUGUUCAAUGCGUUGCUCGUCCCACUGGACUAUUGUGAUUUUCGACCAGAGGACUUCGACGCACUCAUGAUCAAGACGGAGAAAUUGCUCAGCUACGUUAAGUUCGAUCGGAAAGUGAGAUCGCAGUUUUUCGAUCAGUGGAAGCAGUUCGACGACUUCCAGUUUGAUAUAUUCAUUGGAGGUCUCCUGCUUCACUUUUGUACCCUUACCAUGACCAAGGUGCAUCGGUUGACCUUCAAUAUCCCUGCCACUGAAGAUUUCGUAGGUCGAAUAGAAGACUUCGUUACGAUCGGAGAUGAUAAUCGGGAAGAAUCGCUGCGGAAAACAAUCCUAGAGACGCUCGAGCGAUACGGGAGGGAACCUUCCAGUAUUCUACGGGCAUCUAUGGACACCGAUCCUCUGCGAGAAGGCAUUCUCAAACACCUGGAAGUUCUCAGGAGUGACUUGGAAGAUAGUCGCGAGUCCAAUGACGAAUCGGCCGCCACCGCCGAUGAAGAUUCCUCGACCCGAUUGUGGACCAGAGCGAACGUCGUACGCCUGUGGCAAUCGUGUCUGGACGGGGCAGGAAUGGCCAACGUUCAGCGCACCUCAUUCCUCAAUCAUCAACGGGAGCGGGCGGAAGACGUUGUGGACAAAGCUCUGCUGCGAUUCUUCGACAGUUACUUCGACUACUUUGGCGAAAUUCCGAUGUGCAGCAAAGAUCGAUUCUUCCCCAACACGCUGCGGGCGUUCUAUCCGACGGCCAUGAACAUCAAGCAUUCCUGCGGGCCGAACCUGUUCUUUGCCAUGAUCUCCAACGGGCUGUUUGUGGCUCGGGCCCGUCGCAACAUCAGCGAAGGCGAAGAACUCACGAUCAACCACGGUCCGUACUACAAAAACGCUCCCGGGGAGAAGCGCCGUGAAUAUCUGCGGAAGAUCUACAUCAACUGUGAUUGCUACGAAUGUGGCCAAAUUGAAGACCAUUGGACUCGUUACCAACGCGUCAAAUGUGAGGACUGCAUGUUCAACGGCGACGCACCGCACACCUGUCCGCAGUGUCUCCAGGUGCGGGAACAAACGCCGGAAAUGGAACUCCUGAUCCACCAGUUGCAGAGCAUCGAGUCCAGCCUGUCGCGGAACCAUUUGCCGCAGUUGAUCCCACUGUCGAUGCUGGGCCGAACGGCUGGGGGCCUACAGACGGCCACCGCUUCCGGCAAGCGCAAAGUGGAGUUGCUCAUGUUCUUCGAGCGGAUCUGGCUGAUGGUGUUUGUCGACGCGACCAACAUCCCGCUGUACAACAAUCUCAAGGAGCAGCUGUCGUGUUUUGCGGAUGAAGUAAUCCGGGACUCCAUCGACGGAGUGUUCAUCCUGGAGAAACGCUGCAAAGCCAUCAUCGACACGCUGUUCCCGGAAAUGAGCGUCUUGGUGGCAAACGAGUAUGAGCUGAUCGUGCGCCGGGUCGUCAAGUACAUGCUCCCGGCCAAUAUUCAUUUUUUCAGGUUUCUCGGGGUGGACAUGCGGCAGGUGCACCGAACGAUCGAUCUAACCCGAUCGAUGAUCAAGCACGCCUUUGUGAUACUGGAGAGCCACUUCCUGUACGACGACGACAGCUAUCGGAAGCUGUUGGCAGUGGAGUACUGGCUAAGGACGUUCGAGAACAACAUUCGAUCGACGGAAGCCAACGACGAGAGCGAACUGUUCCUGUCGUUGAUCGGAGCGUUGAACGGUACGAGUGAUUCAAACGAUCACAAGAAAACGACACGCGCGAAGCGAUCGUCACAGAAGAAGCAAUUGGAUGACACCAAUCAGAAGAGGACUGAUGAAAGCGGAAAUGUGAGUAUAGAAGAUAGUGGUAACAGUACCGGCACGAACACCAGUAGCGAUAGUAUCAAAACGGUGCUGGUGAUCAAUGGUCACGAUCGGGAUGAUGCGGAGAAAGUGACCGCGGACGAAUCGCCGAAACGCAAGGACACCGGAACCGUUCCGAAGCCCAGCCGCACACCCAAACACCAUCGAAAGGUAUGAGUGGUGCCUUUCAGUUUUGUAGGUAUGUCUAAAAGAUCUACCUUAGUUGAAUAGGGUAUUUUAAGUUUCGUAUGUAGAUAGAUCGAGAACCGAUCGAGAGUUCAUUUUAAGGGCUGUUUUAUGCGCUCGAAUUUUAGCAAAAUUGUUUAACAGCGUAUCGAAAGCAUUACGCCUGCCAAGUCAAAGACAACGCAUUCUCACUCUAACCAGUAGGGUAAUUAGUAGUUUAAAUAUUAACAAUACGAAGAAGAGCAGAAGCCGCUGAACAAAUCGAAUAAGAUACGCUUGAGAAAAAAAAAUACGAGACGGAACUGUCGAGAAACGUUUUAGGGAAACAAAAGACUUAGAUGUACGCGGUAUGUUACGAGGUUCAAGUUAAUCAUUGAAAAGCUGUCAAUGAUAAGAUCCAAUUGGACGAAUGACCCCAAAAAAUGCUAUUUUGAAAAGAGGAAAAGCGAAACGACAGUGAUUGCUACGCAUUGUUGCAAUUAUAUUGUAGCAAUUUGUUCAGUCAUAAUAUUCUCAUUUAGGACGGUUUAAUUAAAUCCAUGGAAGAAGUUUUAAUUUUGUUACACGCGAAGCAAUCGGAAACUCACACGACUGUCCCACCGAAAUUGCUUUCGGUGAAGAGCAAUUAUUUUACUUUUCAAUAGUACCUAAAUAAAUGAUAAUUAACAUUAA